AUGUCAUCUGAAACCUCUGUCGCCAUCGGUGUAGGUGUCACCCUCGCUUUAUUCGUGUUCUUUGCCGUCGCCCUUGUCUGUUUCGGGGUCUGCACGAAUGAAUCUCGAGCACGCAGCUUCUACCGCGAAAGAGAGGAGCGCGUGGAGCUGGCGCGGCAGAGGCACCGGCAGGAGCAGGAGCAGUGGCGUGAACGGCGACUUCGCGACGUCGUUCUGCUGCUGAUUGAGCGUGGCGAGGCGCUAGAGGGGGUGUCGCUUGCGUUUCAACUCCCAAAUCGGCCAGAAGUCAGCGCCAGACGAACGCUGCGCAGCCGCCGUGGCGUUAACUCCAUGCGACAGAAUCUCGAGAUUGAACUAGCAGACGAGCAGGAGAACAGCCGUCUUGAUGAAGAGGCACGGAGGAUUGCCCGCAUGCCACUCGAUGAACUUCUUGCGAACGGGCGACCGCAGGGUGCCGACCCAGGUCCGGAUGUGAUGCAGAUGCUGCUUGAUGGGCAGGAAAUUCAGCACCACACGACCAGCGAGGACGACAGCGAUUUCUACCUCAACGAAGAUGCUACGUCAGCGAGUGUGGCACCGUUCCUUAGCAGGCAGGCGAAUGAGGAGGCGCAAGUUAGGAGAGGUGGUAGCGGGACGGCACCACCGACGCCGCUGCAAAACUCCGCGCCAGCGCCAGGGCAACAGCAGCAGCAGGGCGAUGGCGCUAUGAACGGCAAUGCUACGGCAGAGGAAAGCGAGAUAGACGCGCGCACUGCGGCUGCGCUUCUCCGCGAGCAGCAGCUCCGUGAGAGCCGCGAGAUGGCUCUCCUGCAAGAACUCCGCCGCGAGAAACGACGCAAGCAUCGCAAAACCGCUGAAGAAGUGUACGGCCAGGGUGCUGAUUAUGACCACAACCCCGCAAAUGACGCCCUUCUGCACAUCCAGAUAACUCAAGGUGGUGGCUCCCCGCGGUCGCCGCUGUGGCGCUUCCUCUCCCCGCUCACACCAUUUCGCGGAAACCGGUCUCGUCGCAGCAAGAAGUCUGCCUUUGAGGGUCUCUCUCCUCAGGAAUCGGCCGUUUAUCAGCGAGAAAACACGCUCCCACCGAGGACCCCUGCAUCCGGAAGGAAGAAAAACCGCAGCUUCGAGGUGGCACCCUUCUGA